AUGAUUGAUCCGUCCGUCGGGGUCGUGGCAGGUCCAGCUCCAACCAAAAUCACUGGCCGCAAGUUACUGUUAUUUUGUGCUGAGGCGAGUUUGAGGAAGAAGGGACAGCGGUGCUCGCUCACAGACUUUUGUGAACCGGGGCUGAGCUGCCAAUACAACGCUGGAGCGCGGAAUAGGACCGGCGUAUGCGCUGUUCAUGAGGCAGUUUCCUGUAUAAUAGGCAACUCUGUCUACAAGGAUGGGGAGACUUUCUACCCUAGCUGCAGCUACCAGUGUUUGUGUCGUGGCGGGCAGAUCAGCUGUGUGCCCCGCUGUAAUCUGGACAUUAUGCUACCGAGUCCCGACUGUCCUUUUCCACGCAGGGUUCACGUUCCUGGAGAAUGCUGUGAGAAAUGGGUGUGUGAGGCCGAACUCAGUGCUCUGGGAGGCUUCGCCAUGGCUGCAUAUAGACAGGAAGAGACUAUGGGCAUUGACCCCGACAUGCAGUGCAUGGAGCAGACGACUGAGUGGAGCGCAUGUUCACGCUCCUGUGGAAUGGGUUUGUCCACAAGGGUGAGCAAUAAAAACCCACAGUGUGAGAUGACAAAGCAGAGCCGCCUGUGCAUGGUGCGUCCCUGCCAUGCUCUUAAAGAACAGGAAGACAUUCAGCCUCAGAGCAGCAAGUGUGUGAAAAUGAAGCAAAGCGCCAAAUCUAUUAACUUCACAUUUAAGAACUGUACAAGCAUCCAGUCGUAUCGACCUCGAUUCUGCGGCCAGUGCUCAGAUGGACGCUGCUGCACACCACACAUCACCAAAACGGCCCCGGUGCAGUUUCGCUGCCCCAAUGGAGCCACUCUGAAGAGACCCGUCAUGUUCAUACGCUCAUGCGUCUGCCAUAACUACUGUCCAAAAGACAAUGCGUCCCAGCAGCGCUCUGGUGAAAUGGGUUACGGUGGCCUUCUUAGCUAAAGAACUGUGCAUUUAAUGCAUGGUUUAGCUGAAGGCACUUUUUCUUCAUAUGUGAGAGGAGAGAUGGUUUGGGCAUGCCUAAAACUAGCAGUGAAGGAUGGAGUUUGCAUUCUUAUUUUAAUCCUAUUUUAGAUUUUGCACACAAGUAGAAAGAUGAAGAAGAAACUGCCAACAUUACUGCCAACACAGCUAACUGGAGACUGAAGUAAUUCAUGUCUAUUCUCAACCGUUGUUCUGUGUUAAACUUUGGUGUUUGUGGUCAGCAUUAGCUAGGACCAUUAUAAAAAAAGUUGUAUUUAUUCAUCUGUUGUUGCGUUACACUUUUUAGGCAACAUUCUUUACCCAAGACAGAUGAGUUAAAAUAUGAGAGAGCAUGGGAGAAAGAGAGAGGAAAAAAGGAAUAGUUCUGCAUUUUCUAAUGGUCCCCAUAUAUCUUUUCUGAUGACAAACAUCAAAGAUGUAAAAAUUCAAACCUACCUAAAAAAAUUGGGUAUGGGUUGUCUGGUUAUUUUUAUGUAUAAAUAUUUUUGUCUACUGUAUCUUUUACUUUACUACAUUUUGACACAUUUGGCACUUGCUGAAUUAUUAUUAAACAAUUUAAAGUGUGAAAAAA